AUGCUCUACAACAACACUAACAACAACUCCAACGGCAACGAAAACUCAACAGAAAUUCUAACCAAAACAAACACUCAAACUCCAACGACAACUCCAGCAUGUUGUCAAUCACGUGGUAGUCCAGGAUGGAACAAUGAGAUACAUUACUCGUGUACUAACUCGAGUUCUUUCAAUAGUUCCACUCCACAAAAUUGCUGUAAUUCAUGUGUUGCAAAUCCGAAUUGUCUUGGAUGGGGUUUUUCUAAAAAUAAUACACAGUGUUUCCAGUGCAAUGGCAAUGUAGAUAACUAUUGUUCAAGCGCCAAAAUUGAUCCAAGCACUAUUGGCGGAGAAGGUUCGGAAGGUGGUACUAUUCGUUGUAGUGAUGGCAGUAAAUGCUAA